CGUAACACUUUCCUGUUGUGUGCGUCCUAUUCCUGUUCAAACUUUGGAAACCCGGUAGUGCUAACAGGGAAAACUAUGUUACAUUACAGAGUAUUGGGCUGAAGUUUAACAUUUAGAUGAAUUGUUUUCGGUAAUAUUAAGAGAUUUUUUCUUUGAAUUUCUUAUGGCUUUAUAUGAUGAGGAUAUUCUGAGAAACCCCUUCUACCUUUCACUUGAAAAACAGCGUCCAGAUUUGUGUGCUAAAGUAGCAGAAUACCAUGGAAUUGUGUUAGUUCCAUGCAAAAGAAGUUUACCUAGUAGCAACUUUGCACCCUCUGAUUUUGAAGCAUAUAUUUUGAAGCCUGUGGAAGGAGGUUUUCAGACUCUGGAUGGAAAGGAUGUCAUUAUACAAAACAGGGCAAUCACAUUUGGUCCAGGAUUCUCUGUGGAAGGUACAGUGCCUAUUCUGUUUGAAGAAAUGUUCUACAAUGAAGAGGAACAAAGUUACAGUAUUUGGUGCAUCACCCAUCCCAUUGACACCCAGGAGAAAUCAGUGGAGUCUGUUCCAGCAGCGUUUUCCUAUAGUCUUAAAAACAUAGAGGAUGUUAAAGAAUUCCUUGGAAAGCAUUCAGAGAAAUUGGAUAAGUUUAUUACCAUAUUUCUAGAGUCAUUCAAGGAGCAUGAAGGGAAAAGCCUGCGAUACCAGAUAGACUCAGUUAAUGCACUAUACACAAAAUGUCUUCAGUGUUUGUUGAGAGAUACAAGGCUGAAGAUUACAGCUAAACGGGAUCUUCAGAUAAACUUACUAAAGCAGGCUGUAGAAAUGUACAUUCAUCACGGAAUCCAUGAUUUAAUGUUUAAAUAUGUUGGUACCAUUGAGGCUAAUAAGGACUCUACUUUUAAUAAAACAACAAGAAGUUUGCAAGAUCUUCAGCUUAAAGAUUUGGGUGUGAAAUCAGAAUAUAGUAUUAAUAUACCUCGUGCUAUACGUGAGUUACGUUGUCUAAAUCACUGCACCUCACCUCAGCAAAAGUUAUUCUGCUUAAGAAAAGUGAUCUUCACUGUAAUGCAGCCUUCAAGCCAAAGAGUUAACAUUGAAGGCAUGUGUGCAGAUGAUCUUCUGUCUGUUCUCUUGUAUUUACUGGUGAAAACGGAGCUACCAAAUUGGAUAGCAAAUCUUACCUAUAUGAAGAACUUUUACUUUUGUAACUUGGGAAAGGAUGACAUUGGUUACUGUCUUACUUCAUUUGAGGCAGCUGUGGAGUUCAUCAGUCAAGGCAAUCUUUCUCAUGGACACAAGGUUUCUGGAGCUAUUAAUGAGAAGGAAAUAUUCAAGCAAAAAAUUGAUCUGUUUUCUCAGCAUGCUACUACCCCAGUUGCUGUUUUCUUCGAGCAUAUUGCCAAUGGCAGUGAUAAUGAAGUGGAAAAACUACUGACUGAACAAGAAAUUGAGCUUCAGAAAGCAGACUCAUGUCAUCCACUUUGUUCCUGUGAAAAGUGUGUAAAACAUGUAUCAAAGAGACUGAAUGAUCCAACAAUUGUUACUGCAUUUUCCCGAGAUAAUAGGGGUUACACUCCUCUUCAUAUUGCUUCUGUCUAUGGUCAGUCUUCAUUAGUUGACUUGUUGGUUUCAAAAGGGGCUGACAUAAAUGCCACCGACUAUCACGCUUUGACUCCUCUGCAUUUGUCCUGCCAGAAAGGUUAUCAAAGUGUAACAUUGCUGCUGUUACAUUAUAAUGCAAACACUAACAUGCAAGAUAACAAUGGCAAUACUCCUUUGCAUCUUGCAUGCACAUAUGGACAUGAAGAUUCUUUAAAUAGAUCAUCACAGACAUCAGCAGAGAUCUGCAGUCAGUCAGCCACUUUGUCAAGCAUGUCACCUUUAUUAACUAAUCUGUGGUGUGAGAAUAAGAAUGAAAAAUUCAAAGAGGUAGAUAAACUUUUGCGGGCCGUUGCAGAUGGUGAUACUGAGAUGGUACGUUAUCUGUUUGAAUGGACAGAUGAAGAGUCUGAAGGAGAUUUCAGAGAUACUUUAAAGCUUGAAUUUUGUCAUCCAUUGUGUCAAUGCCCCAAAUGUGAACCAGGUCAACAGAAGGUGACCUACAACCAAAUAUGUGGCUUUGAAAUUAAUGUUAGCAACCAGGAUGGCUUCACUCCUCUCCAUGUAGCUGCGCUUCAUGGAAGGGAAAAUUUAGUCUCUUUGUUAAUUGCCCAUGGUGCCAACAUCAAUACAGAAAAUGCACAUGGUGCUACUUCUCUUCAUUUGGCCUGCCAAAAUGGUAACCUCCAGGCUGUGAGGUACCUACUAGGAUGUAAUGCCAAGAUGAAUAAGAAGGACCAUUUUGGGAACACGCCUUUGAUCCAUGCGGUCUUGCGAGGUGAUCAUGAUACAGUGAAGGUGUUGCUAGAGAGUGGAGCUUCACUGAAUAUCUCAAACAGUCAAGGAAAUACAGCAUUACAUGAGGCUGCAAGAGCAAAUAUCCCACUUUUGGUAGAACUAUUGGUUAACUCUGGGGCAUCUGUAAAUGUUCAUAACAAACAUCAGUUUACUCCAUUGGAAUAUGCCGAGGAUACAAAUGAUAAAAAUGCAGAGGUUCUCAGAAUUCUCCAGAGAGCUACAGGAGGUAGAGAUGUUACUAGAACUGUAAAGCUGAAAUCAACUCAGACACGAAAUGCAAUGGACAUUAAAUCAACUGCAUCAUUGAAGAAAGAAUAUAAAGAAUUCAAUGACCCUGGAAGAAGAUUUCCACAUGUUGAGCCAAGAACACAGCAUAUGAAGACAAUAUUCGCAAGAGACAAGAAUACACCAUGCUUUCUGUCAUCUGGGCUUCCUCAGUUACCAAAUAAAAUGUUUGACCAGAUGAAAAAUGAUGAAGUUCUCGUUACUGGUUGUUUGGAAGAAAAAGAAGGACAAAGAGAAGAAACUCCUAAUUCAUUCAAAAACAGUCAGAGAUUUAGGCACACUGUCAGCAGUUUGCCCAUGAUUUUUAAUGAUUCUGCAAAAGAACAUCAAACAAGGCAGAGUGAUAUUCAAGAUUGUACAUACAGGGCUAAUGUAAGUGCCGACAUGUAGAACUGGAAGAGAAAUCUCAAUAUUUCCCAUAUAUUUAAUAGUCAUAGUAAUUCCUAAAGUAUUUUCCAGUAAAUGAAUGAAACAUUUUCUUUGUAGCUUACAGUCAUCUCACCUACAGAUGAUGUAGGGAGUGGAAAAUUGUCCCGAGACUUUUCAGCAAUACUGAUCAGGAAGUGUUUAGAAGUCCAAACCAGCAUGGAGUGAGAAGCUAUACAAUCAGCAAUACUCUAAUGAAAGGAUGCUGUAAUUAAUUUGCACAACCAUUGUUUGUUUUUGUUUUUUUGACUCUUGAAUUUCUUGUUGCUCUUGGCAUGUAGUAGGCAGUGAUCACUAACACACUUUUCACAUUCUGAUGUUUUUACCUUAUUAUGAUCUUUGUAGUACAGUGGCCACUAUGCUUUAGAGAAGAACUUAUACCAUGCUUUUCAGUUAUGUGUCACUUAAAUUUGAUGUUGCCAGUUAAAAUAAAUUAAAUUCCAAAUACCAUAUUUGCAAAUUAAACCUUUCAAAUUAUGGAGGGUACAAAAAGAACAUACAGCAUAUUUUUUUAAUAUAUCAUGAAAUUCUGCAAAUAUUUGGAUUGUUUUAAAUCAAUUGAUGCAUAUGUAUAUUUAGAAAUAUCUAAAAGUUGCCCAUGCCAGUUUUCAGUGGAGUAAUUCACAUUUAACUUUCCAUGUCAAUUUAAACUAUUUUUUAAAGUCAAAACAUAUGUUCAAGUCAGUAUUUUCUUUAUUUCUAAAAGCAGAUGUUUUGAUUAUUUAAUAAAUAUUUUACAGUAAACUGUAGUGCAGAUUUGUCAGUUACCUUGAAUCAUAUGAUGGACUUAAGGGCAGACUGAAAAAAACCUCUAAUGCCAUAAAUGUCAAGUGUAGUGGUUAUCUUAAAAAAAAAAACAUGAACUGUAAUUUUAGACAAAAGAAUCUGCAGGUGGUUUUCCCUUGUGUAUGAAAGUAUAAUUAUAAAACAGUUUAUACCUGAAGAAAAA